UUCUUCUUCAUUCACGUUACAUGGCAGUCGUACCUACUACUCGUAUCGUAACAUAUUUUUGAAAUAUCUUUAAUAGAUAAAUGAAAUGAAAUAUAACUUAAUCGUGAAUAAUAAGACUUAUAAUAUCUGUAUGGAAUCGAAAUAUACGUAAAAAAGUCAGUAGACUGCAAGAUGGAUAUCGAUGAGUCUCAGCAUGUUGGAGAAAACGGCGAUAUUUUCAUUCACCGCUUGAAGAUACUAACUGACGAAGAAAAACAACGCUUGGAAGCGCAAAAUUCACGUAUUAUACCAGAAGCUAAAGCUGCACGUUUAGAGAAAGAAGCUAAGCGUCAUUGGGACAUAUUCUACAAGAGAAAUGAAACCAAAUUCUUCAAGGACCGGCAUUGGACAACACGUGAGUUUCAAGAGCUUAUAAACUUCGAGCCGGGUGAUAAGAUCACUUUUCUAGAACUCGGAUGUGGCGUGGGUAAUAUGAUAUUCCCGCUGGUCGAGGAAGGCUUUACUAAUUUCCAUUUCUAUGCGUGUGAUUUUUCGCCACGUGCUGUGGAGUUUGUAAAAGCCAAUAAAUUGUAUGAUGAGAGCCGAAUGAAAGCGUUUUGCGCCGAUCUAACCACUGAUGAUUUAUUUGAGAACAUGGAAGAAGCCUGUGUGGAUAUAGCUAGUUUGAUAUUUGUUUUAUCUGCAAUCCACCCUGACUCGUGGUCGCAAGUAGCUAAAGUCGCCUACCGGGCCCUUCGUCCCGGGGGCGUAUUACUAUUUCGCGACUACGGUCGGUAUGAUAUGGCACAGCUCAGAUUCAAACCAGGACACAAGAUCGCUGAUAAUUUCUACAUGAGGCAAGAUGGGACCAGGAGCUACUACUUCACGGAGGAAGAACUGCAGAAGGUAUUCACGGAAGCUGGGUUUCAAAUUCUCAUGAACACUUAUGUGCAACGCCGGACUGUCAACUUCAAAGAGGGAAUUGAUGUGCCUCGCAUUUUCGUGCAAGGAAAAUACAGGAAACCUGUCGAAGGUUGAAACAUGUGCCA